GUGAAUGCUGAUGUGUUAAAUGUGGAUUGUGCAACGUUUGUUUCUUUCACGCGAGUAAUUAAUAAGACUGCGUACACCCCAGUUCAACAAGUUGGCAGCUGUAUUAUACUAUAUUUAAUUAAUAAUGCACUGUUUAUUGUAUUCUAUCUCGUUUUCCUGUCUUUUCAUGAAUUGUUGUGCAGAAUCGACUCCACUGAUUCAUUGUCACUCGAAUCAGAAUCGUAGUCAGCUACAGGAUUUCUCAUUUUGAACAGCAUAGUGUGGUAUUGAGUUAGAGUAUGUCGUCGUAUAAGCGAUAUGGAUCAUUCGUGUAGGCGUGAGGGAUCAUUGGGGGAGGAGCCGCAGCUUGUGUACAGCUUGUGGGCAUCGGGUGUGGCAUCGCUCACUGCUGUACUCUUUGCUUAUCUCGGAGUCUCUUGUCUCUGAUUGGUCAGCUUGCCUGAAUGAACCGUUUAGAGGCGGGGAAUUUCUCGUUCGUUCUUAAAAGCGCUUCCAAGAGUUGACACCCUCCUACAGAAGUCUCAUAUGAGCCUGUGAUCUAAAGGUAACUCUCUUAUAGGACUUUCUGAAACACCAUGAAGUGGCUUUUAAUUCCUUGCAUCACUGUGAUGGUUUACCUGCUGAUGCAGCAGUGCCAAGCCUUCAUCGUCAUAGAAUCGAUGGUGAAUGAAGCCCUGACCCUCCCGUGUAACUGCUCAGGAAAUUGUCCAUUGGUUCAGUGGAUCCGCUUCAUUCCUGACAAAGUUGUCAUUGUUCAGAGCCGGAUUUGUUUAAAACAAGAGAAUUUUAAGGAAAGAUUUACACUACCAUUAGACACAAGCAGAGGAAAUUUCUCCCUGAUGAUCAGUUCAGUAACCUACAAUGAUGCAGGUUCUUACAACUGCAGCUGUAAUGAAAUAUCAGUGACUGAAGUAAAGCUGAAAGUUAUCAUUCCGACAGUUCUAAAGGCUUUCGAGGGGAAGAACGUCACUCUCCCGUGUUACGGAGACACUCGACAAGUCGUUAAAGAUGUAAAGUGGAAGAAAGAUGGACACGAGGUUCUGCUGUACACUCCUGCAAACAGAUCGAUGACUAAACAAAACAGAUUCACGAUGUCAGUAGAAGGCUUUCUAGACGGUGAUCUCUCUCUUCACAUCAGUCCAGUUCACCUGUCUGAUACAGGAUUAUAUCAGUGUCUCAUCCACGAUGAAUCUCAGGACGGAGAACCACGAGCUGUGUUACUGAAGGUAGAAGGGAAACAAAAAUUCACAACCACCAACAGCGCUCCAAUUUCAGGAUGGUUUGUACUGCUGGUAUUGUUCAUCUCUGUAGGGCUCAACAUCAUCGUCCUGAUUAUUUACAUUAUGAGAACAGUGCAAACUGAGACUGAACCAGAUUUAAUCUAAGACUGCAGGAUCUUUAGCUUUCCUGUACAUCACUGUUCUGUUGUCCUGUGUGUUUCUUUUAUCCUGUGUGUUUAUUGUCCUGUUCUCAUCUCACACUGUUGUGUAUUUGCACUUUAUGCUGCAAUCUUAUGUACUAUUACGUGUUACACCAUGAUACUGGAGCCAUUUUUGUUCUAUCAUGUACAAGCUAUAUAGCUGUGAUGUGUGAAGGGACUCGUGGCUGUUGAGGCACUGAUUCUUUCAGAGUCAGAUUUACAAAUUAAUGAAUUUAACCGAGUAUCUUAAAUUCACCAUUCAGGUGGCUGCUUGCACAUUGAUUAAUGUUUAUUUAAUGUCUCCUGUUUUAACUUGAACUGACAUAUUAAAUGAAGAGGAAACACAACAGUAUUUAAAUGUCUACACAAUGACUUAAUUAACAUUUACUUUAGUUUACUUGUAUUCAACUUCUACUGAAAAAUAUUUUGAAAUGCUGGAGCCACCACAAGUGUUUUAUUUCCUUUGUUUUAAACCAUAUUUAAACAUACAGGUACUGUAUAAAGAUAUGCUUUUAUGAUGAUUAUUAGAGGUACAAAAGUGACAAGAUGUUCUGUACUAAGUCUAAGCCAAAAACUGCUGAUCAAAUUAUGAAUAUGUCGAAACGUAGAGAACAUUUAUAUUUGUGUUACAGUUUAUGAUCAUAUUUGCCUAUUGUGUUAUAAGGGUUCAAAUAAUUCUGUUAUUACAUCUAUAACACAGACGCUGUUUACUCUCAUGGUGAUGUUUAUGAUAUAGACUGUGUGAUUGUCUUUAAUGAUUGUUUAUAUGAAUUUGUUUAAAAGUCAUAUUUAAAUAAUUUGAAUGUGUAUUUUAAUGAUAAUGAAAAUGAAAUGCUUUUAUUGUGUUUUUCACUUUGACUUUUUUUUCAUUUUGACUCUUGAAAAUUAUUACUAAAGAAUUAAUGUUUUAAAACUUGUUGUGUGUGUGCGUGUGUGCGCGUGUGUGCGCGUGUGCGCGUGUGCGCGUGUGUGCGUGUGUGUGUGUGUGUGUGUGUGUGAGAAAAUGAUCCCUAAGUGAAAUAUGGAGUAUAAAAUAUUAUUGAUUGUAUUAUGUUCAUUGUUGUGUUUGUUUAGUGCUGCCAGACUCCAGCAGUCACAAAACAAAGAGGAAACACAAUUUAAAGGCAUUUUAAAUGUCUACACAACUCCUUAAUUAACAUUUACUUUAUUAUACUUUAUAAAACUUCUGAAAAAGGAUUUGAAAUGCUGGAGCCACCUGAAGAGGUUCAGAAAAGGUCUUUCAGAGGUCCUAAGAGACAAUUCUUUAACCAUUUCUCAUUAGUUGUAAGAAAUGUCACCAGAGCAUUUUAUA